CCGACGGCCCCACGUUUUUCCCAUAAUCAUCCAUCCAUUUUGACUGCUCCCCGUCGCGCGCCUGUUGAUACCCACUCCGUAAUACUUCGUGGAGCUACCGACGUCCGUCCUCCCAUACAAUCAGUACCUUACUCCGUGCCGUACCUAUCGAGCUUGCUUGUCUGCCCCACUCAGCAUCGUCACUUUCCAUCGCCAUUACAAAAAUCACCAGAUUACAAUCACAAAACCAUGGAGGUCGCAAAUGGCACCGGCGGCGCUGCUGCAGCCGCACCAGCUGGCGCAAACUCGACUGCACCUUCUGCGAAUGGCGGCGAUGCUGCUGCUGCUGCUUCUUCAAGCGAGUUCAAGCUCAAGUUCUGUACGGUGUGCGCGAGUAACCAAAAUAGAUCAAUGGUCUCCCACCUCCGCCUCGCCCAAGCAAACUACCCCGUAAUCUCCUUCGGCACAGGCUCCCUCGUCCGCCUCCCGGGUCCCUCAAUAACCCAACCAAACGUCUACCAAUUCAACAAGACCUCGUACGACUCAAUCUUCAAAGAGCUCGAAUCAAAAGACACGCGCCUCUACCGCGCAAACGGCGUCCUCAACAUGGUCGACCGCAACCGCCACGUCAAAUGGGGCCCCGAACGCUGGCAGGACUGGCAGGUCGGCAUGCCGCGCCUCACCCACGCCGAAGACCGCGGCAGCGUCGGCGUCGAGGGCGGCGUCGUCGAUAUCGUCAUCACCUGCGAGGAGCGCUGCUGGGACGCGGUGAUUGAUGACCUCAUGAACCGCGGGAGCCCCCUGAACAGGCCCGUUCACGUGAUUAAUGUCGAUAUCAAGGAUAACCACGAGGAGGCCAGCGUCGGUGGGCGCGCGAUUCUGGAUCUGGCCAACGCGUUGAAUGCCGCGGCGACCGAGGAGCGCGAGGCUGUGGGCGCCGCGGCGUUUGAUGGCGGGAGCGCGGCGGGCAGGGCGAGCUUUGAUGAGAGGGUGCCGGAUAUCUUGGCUGCGUGGCAGGAUCGGUGGCCUCACUUGCCUGCCGUGUGGACUCUUGCGUGGUUUUGAGAGAUAGAGAGAGAGAGAGAGCUGGAAAAGGGCGGAACCCUUUUCGGCCCUCCGCUUGGAGUCGUGCGGACUGAGAUACGUUCCGUAUUGAAGGAAUUUCCCGACACAACGAGUCAA